ACCCGCCAAAUGCUACAAACGUUUUGGUAAUAUAACAUGAAGCCCAUCAUCUUAGUAGCCAUGCGUCGCCUUCCACAUGUUCCCAAACAUCGCCGACAUCCUCGACUCUGCUCCCGUUACACCCCGCACCUCCGCACCUGGUACUCCCGCAUCGGAGACCAUGGCUAGCGACACGAUCACACAUAUUGUACUCUUCAAAUAUCGCCCCGAUAUACCAUGGACGGAUCUAGAAAGCCACUUCAAGUCUUUCAUGGCUCUACAAUACAAAUCGCUGGAUCCCAACUCUGGUAAACCGCUCAUACAGUCGCUCAAAGCCGGCAAGAAUAGAUCAUGGGAACCUUUCUCAAAAGGCAUGACACACGGUUUUGUGCUCAAGUUUGCGAAUCAAGCGGAUUUGGACUAUUAUCUUACCAUCGAGCCGGUUCAUAAAGCAUUCUCCAAAGCCGCGAAGCCGCUAAUCGAGGAUAGCUUAGUCGUCGACAUCAAGGACGGGGUGCUGUUUGGUUCCCCAGCCGAACAUCCAUCGGCGAAAGGAGAUGGAGUCAGAAAGGGCAUGUGCCAUUGCGAGAGCGUGCACUGGACGGCAAGGCUCGAAAAUGCUGAGCACGUGCUUUGUCAUUGCUCAACGUGCCAGAAGCUUGGUGGUGGGCCGUACUCGUGCAAUCAGAUCAUACCGAGAGAGGAACUGCAGAUCAUCUCUGGUGAAGAGAACAUCAGGCAGUAUCGGUACAAAGGUGCUAGUGGCAAGUUUGUGCGAUGCUAUUUUUGCAAAGUUUGCACGAGCCAUAUCUACCAUCAUCAAGACGUCAUGCCGGACAAGAUCAUCGUGCGAACUUUGUUACUGGAAGGCGGAGAGAACAUGCCAGCCACGGCUGAGAUCUUUGGCGAGGGAAGGUUGGCUUGGGUGCAAGAGCUUUCGAAGCAACUAUGAGCGGUAAUGGUACUCGGCGUGGAUGGUUUAGACCGCAUAGUAUGGAGAUUUGAGCGCCAAGAGCGCGGCGCAGCGCGGCGCAGCUGCUACAAUAUUAGACAGGAAGGCUAUACUUUUGAAUGAGUUCGCGGAUAAGUG